AUGCUAGAGCUCCCUGAGUUCACUGUAGCUGGAGACUUUGCAGCAAUCAUGCAUGCUAACAAUUCAACAUUGGUCAAUCCACAUAGUAUCCUGAUAUGGCGUCUGGGGGAUGAUCAGCCAUCAUAUAUCAGCAUCCUGAGCCAGCAUUAUGAGCUGCUGCAGUAUCCCUUGCUGUUUCCUCAUGGGACACUGGGAUGGGGCAUCAUAGAGAACAAUGGCCAACAGGCCAGAAUACAACAAUGCUAUGUAAAUGCAUAUGGUGUUACCCAGUGUCAGUGGUACUUCUCCUGCCUAAUAACAGAGGACCAAUUCCUAAACUUUGGUUGA